GAAGAGAGGAGAGUGAUGGAAAUUGUAAUCAUAUAUGCAUCUUCAGAUCUUGUACUAUAUAAAGAGGUCAAGUGUGAAGCCAUUUUCUUGCCUCAUCAGAGAUACAUCACAUUAGUUGAUCACAAUAUCCAAUAUCCAAUAUCCAAUAUCCAAUAUCCAUCCAUGGGGCUAAGUGGGAAGCUGGUGUCUCAAAUAGACAUCAAAUGCGAUGGAGACGUUUUCCAUGAGAUCUUCAGAGAGAGACCACACCACAUCUCCGGCAUGACCCCUCAUAACAUUCAAAACUGCGAUUUGCAUGAAGGCCAAUGGGGAACUGUCGGCUCUGUCAUUUAUUGGAACUACACCCAUGAUGGUAAGGAGAAGGUUGCGAAAGAGAUAAUUGAAGCUAUAGAUGAGGAGAAGAAGUCGGUGACAUUCAAAGUGAUAGAAGGAGAUCUUAUGGAGCUGUACAAGACUUUCAAAUUGACCGUUCAUGUGGACACCAAUGGGGACGACAACCUCGUCACUUGGACCCUAGAGUACGAGAAACUGAGCGAGGAUGUUCCUGACCCCCACACACUCAUGGAGUUCUGCCUCAAUGUUACCAAAGACAUUGAGAAACACCAUGUCCCUCACCUUCAUAAUCAGUAAUUACAUUUACAAAUAUUUUCGUCACGUCCGAGAGCUGCCCGACUGCAACUAUAUAUUUCCUUCUUAUUAUUAGUGCAAGUACUGGUCAUCCACAUGCAGAUCUAGACAGCUCUUUCAGAAAUAAGUAUGCUAUUGCUGUAUGUUUGUUGUUGUCUGGUCAAGUGGGUGAUGGUGUGUGAAUAAACCAGAGUGGUCGUGUCUCGUGUGUUGACAAUUUCUUUCUUGCUUCGGUAUGAGGUAUUUGUAUAAUAACGACUUAUAUAUAUAUAUGGGAUUGAUGAUUAAUUACA